AUGACGUCCACCUGCACCAACAGCACUCGAGAAAGCAACAGCAGCCACACGUGCGUGCCCCUCUCCAAAAUGCCCAUCAGUCUGGCUCACGGUAUCAUCCGCUCCAGCGUGCUGCUCAUCUUUCUCACCGUCUCAUUCGUGGGCAAUGUAGUGCUGGCGCUCGUGUUGCAGCGCAAGCCACAGCUGCUGCAGGUGACCAACCGCUUCAUCUUUAACCUCCUCGUCACCGACCUGCUGCAGAUUUCGCUUGUGGCCCCCUGGGUGGUGGCCACCUCUGUGCCUCUCUUCUGGCCCCUCAACAGCCACUUCUGCACAGCCUUGGUUAGCCUCACCCACCUGUUUGCCUUUGCCAGUGUCAACACCAUAGUUGUAGUGUCCGUGGAUCGCUACCUGUCCAUCAUCCACCCUCUCUCUUACCCAUCCAAGAUGACCCAGCGCCGUGGUUACAUGCUCCUCUAUGGCACCUGGAUUGUGGCCAUCCUGCAGAGCACACCCCCACUCUAUGGUUGGGGUCAGGCUGCCUUCGAUGAGCGCAAUGCCCUCUGCUCCAUGAUCUGGGGAGCCAGCCCCAGCUACACCAUUCUCAGCGUGGUGUCCUUCAUCGUCAUUCCAUUGGUCGUCAUGAUUGCCUGCUACUCAGUGGUGUUCGGUGCAGCCCGGAGGCAACAUGCUCUGCUGUACAACGUCAAGAGCCAUAGCUUGGAAGUGCGAGUCAAGGACCAUGUGGAGAAUGAGGAUGAAGAGGGAGUGGAGACGGAUGAGUUCUGGGGCAAGAGCCAGUUCCAUGGCCAGGAUGAAGGUGAGGUCAAGGCCAGCAAGGGUAGUCUGGAAGCCAAAGUCAGCAGCAUGGAAGCCAAGAACGACAGCAUGAAGGCCAACAAAGGAAGUGUGGAGACCACUGAGGGUAGUGUGGAAGCCAACGGCAGUGAGGAAGUCAGAGACAGCAGCAUGGUGGGCAGCGAAGGUAGUACGGAGGGUGAAGGAGGCACUGAGGUUGAGAGCGGCAUGAAGGCAGAUAAGGGUCGCACAGAGGUCAACCAGUGCAACAUUGACUUAGGCGAAGACGACAUGGAAUUUGGUGAGGACAACAUCCAUUUCAGUGAGGAUGAUGUCGAGGCAGUGAACAUUCCAGAGAGCCUCCCACCCAGUCGUCGAAACAGCAACAGUGACCCUCCUCUGCCCAGGUGCUACCAGUGCAAAGCUGCAAAAGUGAUCUUCCUCAUCAUUUUCUCCUAUGUGCUAUCUCUGGGGCCCUACUGCUUUCUAGCAGUCCUGGCCGUGUGGGUGGAUGUCCAAACCGAGGUACCCCAGUGGGUGAUCACCAUAAUAAUCUGGCUUUUCUUCCUGCAGUGCUGCAUCCACCCCUACAUUUAUGGCUACAUGCACAAGACCAUCAAGAAGGAAAUCCAGGAUAUGCUGAGGAAGUUCUUCUGCAAGGAAAAGCCCCCAAACGACAGCCACCCAGACCUGCCUGGAACUGAAGCUGGCACAGACGGUGGGACUGAUGGCAAGAUCGUCCCUUUCCAUGAUUAUGCUACUUCGCCAUGAAGUUAGUUGUAAGGCAAACCUUGAACUGUCCACAAUACAAAAAAACAAGAGCAGCUUUCUUUUCAAAGGAUCACCCACAUUCCCACUAAAGCCAGUCCAUACCAUUUUAGGCACAGCUGUUGCACACAUGUCCU